AUGGCGAUGCAACUAGACCUGUCUCAGGCGCAGGUCCUGAAGGAUGAAACAGGCAGACCGUUCAUUGUUGUGCGAGAUCAAGGAAAGAAGAAGCGUACACACGGUACAGAGGCGGUCAAGCAACACAUUGUCGCGGCGAAGACCGUCGCCAGCAUUGUCAGAACCUCUCUGGGUCCUCGGGGGUUGGACAAAAUCCUCAUUUCUCCUGAUGGGGACAUUCAAAUAUCGAACGAUGGCCGCACAAUCAUGUCUGAAAUGGAAUUGUCGAACCCUAUUGCGAAACUGAUGGUUGAGCUGUCAAAGUCUCAAGAUGAGGAAAUUGGUGAUGGAACGACUGGUGUCGUCGUAUUAGCAGCGGCACUCUUGGACCAAGCAGCCGAUCUUAUCGACAAAGGCAUCCAUCCUAUCCGAAUCGCCGACGGUUACGAUCAGGCAUGUGAAGUUGCUGUGGCAGAGUUGGACAAGAUCAGCGACGAGAUACCUUUCUCCCGGGAGAACCAGGAGAACCUGAUCAAGGUCGCCAAAACCAGCCUGGGAAGCAAAAUCGUUAGCAAAGCACACGAUCAGUUUGCCCAGAUCGCGGUCGACGCUGUCAUGUCGGUCGCCGACCUAGAACGCAAAGACGUGGACUUCGAACUAAUCAAAGUCGACGGAAAGGCAGGCGGAUCGAUAGAAGACUCUCUUCUCGUCAAGGGGGUCAUUGUCGACAAAGACUUUUCGCAUCCACAAAUGCCGAGCGAGGUGAGGGAUGCAAAGAUUGCCAUUCUGACGUGUGCCUUUGAACCUCCCAAGCCAAAGACUAAGCACAAGCUCGACAUCUCGACAGUAGAAGAAUUCAAAAAGCUCCAGGACUACGAGAAGAACAAGUUUGUCGAGAUGAUUGACAUGAUCAAAGCCACCGGGGCAAAUCUGGUCAUCUGUCAAUGGGGGUUUGAUGACGAAGCCAACCAUCUACUCCUCCAGAACAAGCUUCCGGCUGUUCGAUGGGUGGGCGGGCCCGAGAUCGAGUUGAUAGCGAUUGCUACCAACGGAAGAAUCGUGCCCCGAUUUGAGGAUCUCAGCAAAGAAAAACUCGGCAGAGCCGGACUAGUUAGGGAAAUGACAUUCGGUACAACUCGAGAAAAGAUGUUGGUCAUUGAAGAAUGCGCCAAUACUCGAGCAGUCACAGUGUUUGUGAGGGGAAGCAACAAGAUGAUCAUUGAUGAGGCAAAGCGAUCAUUACACGAUGCCAUCUGUGUCGUCCGAAAUCUGGUCAGAGACAAUAGAGUGGUGUACGGCGGCGGAGCGGCCGAGAUUGCUUGCUCGUUGGCCGUGGAAGAUGCGGCUUCCAAAUCGCCCGGGCUGGAACAGUAUGCCAUGAGAGCCUUUGCCGAUGCGCUUGAUGCCAUUCCAAUGGCUUUGGCGGAGAACUCUGGGUUAAGUCCCAUUGAGACCCUCGCCUCCGUAAAAUCACGACAAGUCAAGGAGCGGAAUACUCGAUUGGGAGUGGAUUGCAUGGCGACCGGGACCAACGACAUGCGGGCCAAUUUUGUGAUUGACCCAUUGAUCGGGAAACGCCAGCAACUUCUUCUUGCAACUCAAUUAUGCCGGAUGGUGUUGAAGAUCAACAAUGUGAUCGUGUCAGGCAGUGACGAAAAUGACUUUUGA